AUGCCAUUGACCUCCCGUGACAUCGUCUCGUGGAACGCCGUGCUCUCAGCCCACGCGCAGAAUGGCCUCGCAGUGGACGCCCUUGAUCUCUACAGCCGCAUGUGUGGCCACGAUGGCGGCGGCGUGGAGCCAGACGCCGUGACGCUCGUGAGCGUGCUCUCCUCGUGUGCCCACCUUGGAGCCCGCGGUGUAGGCCUGGGUGUCGAACGCUACAUGCAAGAGAGACUCCCAGGCUUCCGUGCCAACAUGCAGCUCUGCAACUCUCUCAUCAACUUCCAUGCACGCUGCGGCAAUUUGCCCCAGGCACAGCGGCUGUUCAACGAAAUGCCCAGGAAGAGCAUUGUGUCUUGGACGGCACUGAUCACUGGGUACGGCAUGCACGGGCAUGGCGAUGUCGCUGUAAAUCUCUUCCAGGCGAUGGUGUCAGAAGGCAUCCGGCCAGAUAAUGUCGCAAUGGUCGGCCUCUUGUCGGCGUGCAGCCACGCUGGAAUGUACAAGGAGGGGCGCAAGUACUUCUCAGCAAUGGAGAGUACAUACCAGUUGCGGCCUACACUGGAGCACUACACCUGCAUGGUGGACCUCCUUGGACGGGCCGGCCGUCUCAAGGAGGCACAAGAACUCAUCUCCUCAAUGCCCAUGCCAGCCGACGGUGCGGUGUGGGGUGCCCUUCUUGGGGCGUGCAAGAUACAUAAGAAUGUGGAGAUAGGGGAGGAGGCUUUCGAGCAUGUCAUCAAGCUCGAACCGAGCAAUGUCGGCUACUAUGUGCUCAUGGCAAACAUAUACACAGACACAGGACAACUGGAGGGUGUGGUGAGGGUACGUGCGAUGAUGAGGGAGCGUGGGCUCAAGAAGGAGCCUGGGUGCAGCUAUGUCGAAAACAAGGGGAGGGUUCAUCUCUUCAUGGCUGACGACCACUCACAUCCGCAGGCAAAGAGGAUUUACGAGCUCGUGAUUAAGCUUGAACAAAUGGUGACGGAGAGAACAGAUGGCACUGUGGAAACUGGGCAAGGCAGAGUGGACGAGGGGUACUCUGGGAAGAUGGCUGCGCCGUUGAUCGGCUUUCACAGUGAGAAGCUCGCUGUGGCCUUCGGUAUGCUGAACACUGAUGACAGUGAGAUUGUGGUGAUCAAGAACCUAAGGCUACGAGAAAAGUGGAGGGCUGGAUCAACAGCGGGCAUGAUGGACUCGCUGUUAGGUUGA